GUCCCGUCAAACUUUAUGUUUUGGUUCAUCAUGGGCCUAAAUGUGAUAGUCUUUGGUAUGUGGCAGCUGGCCAUCAGUCAAGCUGAACAAGGAGAUCCAACACUAUUUUUCUUGAUGUUUAAAAAUUUCACUUCAGGUCUUAGCAACUUUUUCGAAGGUCGAUAUUGGACUCUUUUGACAGCUUGCUUUAGUCAUAAAGAUUAUGCGCAUAUGUUCGUGAACAUGCUCACUUACUUCUUCUUUGGCCGUACGAUUUUAAAUUUAGUAGGAGGUCGUUCAUUUUUAUUCUUUUACUUUGCAGCCGGUCUAGCUUCCUCAAGUCUUUCACUCUUUUCGGAUUUCUUAGGUCAUGAUGCUAGUAGACCAAAAGAAGGACAACAGAAAAAGCCACAAUUCAGUCUUGGUGCGAGUGGAUCAAUUAUUGCUAUUGUGACCUGUUUCAGCAGCAUCAAACCAAGAGCAACGUUUUUGUUCUAUUUCAUUCUUCCAGUUCAGGCACGGCUAUUAAUACCGGCUUUACUCCUUUACGAUCUCUGGGGUAUGUUCGGCACAGAGCCACACAAGACUUUGUGGGACAAGAAUACGUUUGUCGAUUCAGCUGGCCAUGUUGGCGGAAUCAUCGCAGGUCGAUUAUAUUGGAUAUUUAAACUUAAAAGAUUCCGGGUUAUGUGGUAA